AUCCAAUCGCAGGGCGAGCGUAAGAAAAGGGCGGGACUUCCGGGAGUAAUAGUAGCGUGGUGCUAGUUUAGCUUGAGGGUAAAACCGGUGUUCGAGUGUCGUUGCUGAUUUUGUAUUAGGAAUGUCUGCCCAGGAGCUGCGGCUUAAUCACACUAUCUACAUCAACAAUCUGAAUGAGAAAAUCAAAAAAGAUGAGCUGAAGAAGUCCCUGUAUGCCAUUUUCUCCCAGUUCGGACAGAUCCUGGACAUCCUAGUUGCCCGGACUCUCAAAAUGCGGGGUCAGGCCUUUGUGAUCUUUAAAGAGGUGAACAGUGCCUCCAACGCACUGAGAUCCAUGCAGGGCUUUCCUUUUUACGAUAAACCCAUGCGCAUUCAGUAUGCCAAACAAGACUCGGACAUCAUCGCCAAGAUGAAGGGCACGUAUGUGGAACGGGACCGCAAGAAAGAAAAGAAGAAGCCUAAGACGACAGAAUCGGGAGUUUCGAAGAAGGCAGCCGCUGCUGCUGGCAUGGCGGGGGUUCCUGCUGCUAUGCCUGGAAUGCCACCUAUGAGUCAAGCUCCUCGAAUGAUGCCAAUGCCGGGUCAGCCUCCAUACAUGCCACCACCUGGUAUGAUGCCUCCUCCAGGUAUGGGCCCUGGACAGAUGCCACCAGGUGCCAUGCCUCCAGGUCAGAUGAUGCCUGGGCAGAUGCCAGGACAGAUGCCUCAGCAGGUUUCGGAGAACCCGCCUAAUCACAUCCUGUUCCUCACCAACCUGCCAGAGGAGACCAACGAGCUCAUGCUGUCCAUGCUGUUCAAUCAGUUUCCAGGGUUCAAAGAGGUGCGUCUUGUCCCCGGACGGCACGACAUCGCCUUUGUGGAGUUUGACAACGAAGUGCAGGCCGGUGCAGCCAGGGAAGCGUUACAGGGCUUCAAGAUCACACAGACUAACGCAAUGAAGAUCUCGUUUGCCAAGAAAUAACCAACUGCUACGUAAUGCGUGCAAAAACAAACAGAAGUGUUCGGUCAUUUCCACCGUUUUAUACUGUUUUGUAAGGGGAAAACAAACAAGAUACCAUCUACUCUUCCUGGAUCUGUGGUCAGGAGGUAAAUCUGGUAAUGUAUGGAUUGAUAGACAAAUUUUUUUUUUUGUUCUCUCCUGAAGAGGAUGAACCUGGAAAUUGUAAGUAAUUUUUUUUUUUUUUUUAAUUGAGUAAUGAAAAGCAUUGCACCCAGGGUCUGGAUCCCCAGACAUUGUACCUGGAGCUUUUCUGCCCUUUUUUUUUUUUUUAAACAUGCUCCGAAUUUUAAUUUUCAUUCCAAAUAAAAAUGAAAUGCUAAAAAAGAAAA